UCGUCAAAGGUGUACUACCUUGACUAGUGAAAGAUCUCAAAGUUUGAUAGGGUUUAUGGUAGCCCCCACCAAAAGUUAUAUAUAUAUAUAUAUAUCCAGUCCAACUGUGAUAUAUAGGUCGUGUUCAUUACAAAUGAGCUUUUCAAUACCAAGAAGAUGGUUGAAGCAUUAUACAAGGGCAAACCCCAAAUGAAAUAUAUGCAAAUAAUCACCAAACUCCUCCAUAACAGAAACGAAGUUUCUUUAGUGUGUCCCCAACACAGGCAUAGUGCAUAUGCAUUGCAUAGUAACUGCACAAAGAAGGAAGACGUGGUGACACUGACAAAAAUAAUGUCAGAUUACUCGCUAAGAGGAGAAGUUGAUCAUGCAAAAAAGAUUUUUGAACAAAUGGGUCAUAGAGAUCCUGUUUCUUGGAAUGUGAUGAUCAAAUGCUAUAUUGAAAACAACAGGGUUGGGGAUGCAAGGGAACUGUUCGAUGAAAUGCCCGAGAAGAGUUCUGUUUCUUGGAAUUCCAUGAUCAUGGCUUAUGCCAAAGAAAGAAAGACACACAUUGCAUUGAAGCUCUUUGUUGUCAUGCCGGAUAAAGAUGUUGUUAGUUGGACUGCUAUUGUUACAGCGCUAUCUCAAAACUGGCGAAUUAAAGAUGCGUGGGGUUUGUUUAAGCAGAUGCCUGAGCCUAAUUCAGUUUCAUGGUCUUCAAUCAUAUCGGGUUUUCAGCAAAAUGGAUUUCCUGCUGAAACAUUGAGUGUUUUCAAAGAAAUGUUGGUAGUAGGGAUGCACCCAACUUCACAUUCAUUUACUAGUGCUUUAGCUGCUUCUGCUGAUCUAGCAAUGCUUUCGGUUAGUGAGCAAGUCUAUGCUCAACUCCUUAGAAGAGGAUUUGAUAGCAACCUUCAUAUAGGGAAUUCAGCCAUUUCUAUGUUCGUAAAAUCAGGCAGUUUUGAUAAUGCAUGGCGCGUUUUUGUAGACUUGCCCAAACGUGACCAUGUUACUUGGAAUUCUAUGAUUAUGGGUUUUGGGCAGCAUGGUUAUGGUGUAGAGGCUGUAAUAACUUUUCAUCAGAUGCAAAAAGCUCUGUUUUUGCCUGAUCGUAUCAGUUUCUUGGGACUUCUACAUGGUUGCAGCCAUUGUGGUUUGGUCGAAGAAGGGAAGCAAUAUUUUAACAGUAUGAAGAUGGAUUAUGGGAUUCACCCUGGACCUGAGCACUAUGCCAGCAUGGUUGACCUAUUUGCACGUGCUGGGUUGCUUAAAGAAGCAUAUGACAGUAUAAUGCAAAUGCCCAAUGAGAUCACACUUAUCUUUUGGAGAACAUUGCUGAAUGGAUGUAGGGUCUGGGGUGAGUUGGAAUUGGGUCUACAUGCUGCCGAUCGGAUUUUAGAGCUAGAGCCUCACAAUUCAAGUGCAUGCUUGAUGAUUAUUGACAUUUAUGCAUCAACUAAGAGAUGGACAGAAGUGGCAGAGAUGAGGAAACAAAUGAGGGAAAGAGAAGCAAAGGGGGAGAUGAGUUGUAGUUGGGUUGAAAUAAAGGGGAAGAAUCAUUUAUUUUCUACGAGGGAUGAAACUCAUCCAGAAUCGAACUGUAUCUACUCAAUCCUUGAAUUGUUAUCUUCUGAUAUCGCGGAGUGUGUCAGUCUUUAAAAUGCAUGAAUAUCAGAAAGUUUUUUGUAAUAUUAAUAAUCACAACAUGAAAAUAAGAGCCAUUUCUUGGUGCAAUGGUCUGAAACCCACAUAGGUGGAACCAAUACUGGGUAUGUGGCAUACAUAUGCAAAGAUUUCUCUCUUAAUGGGUUGUAAGAUAUCCUCCUGGAUGCCAAAGCCAUGAAGCCCUUUGAUAGGAGUCCUGCCUUGAAAGAUUUGGAUUUUCUGCAACAAAUUAGAUCUGGAGACAAACCAUCUUGCUGGCACAGUUCAGGAUAUUCAAUUUUGUAAUUUUCUGCUUGGGUUAGCUCUUCUUUGGAGGUUUGCUAAUGCAAGCAUCUUGUACAUUUAAAUCUAAGAUCAAAGUCGCUUAUCUUGGACCAAUAUUACCUCUACAGCAACAAGCAGCAGGGUCAGAAAAGUAUAAGCUAUUGAAGAACCAAGUUGAACAUGCAAACACGGGUUUGGUAUUAUGUGCUUGAGAUUGGAUCUUCAAUUAUAUUACAAUAUGGUGAAAGCUGAAGAUGGGAUGUGUACCUUGAAACUUCACCAUUGACAGUUCUCAGGACGCUACAAUAGAGUCAUGAAAAUAAGUGGUUGGAUACACUGCCACAAUGUAUGUAGACACUAGAGUCAUGCAACUAAGUGGUUGGAUACCCAUACGCUACAAUGUCUGCAGCAUGUCCUAUCUUUCAAGUUCAUGUAAGACAGGUUCUGUGAUAUACAAGAAGCUUCUCAGUCAUUCACAUCGAUUAACUAUUUCUUUUGUGCACCUUUAUAUUAGUGAUUUAUAGUUUGAAAAGAUAUCUGAAGCAAAUGAAAACCGGUAAGGGAAAAUUAUGUAAGUUGGGGAAUUUUGCAUUAUUAAUUCAAUACACAGUAUUUAGAAGUAUUUUUGUUCUGAUAUAUAACUACAAACAUAUACAUGCAUGUUUAUUUGGGAUAAACAAGCCUGCAAUUGGUACUAUUAGUCAUAC